AUGAAGUGGUUUGACGAUUUCCGGCAACGACACGCUAACGGCCGUGUGGCCGAGUGGUGGGAAAAGAUCAGUCCUUACUUGCCCCCCAUCAACUUCGUCACGGUGCAUUAUGCCUACUUUAUUUUCGUUUCGCUCUUUUUCGCCCUUGUGUUUUGGGGAAGUGGGUCACCGAGCAGCCUCAACAUUGGUUUUAUGGACAGUCUCUUUCUCAGCACAUCCGCACUCACGUCAACGGGGUUAAACACCAUCAAUGUCAGCCAGAUGUCGCUCGGCCAACAAAUUGUGAUCUUUCUCUCCAUGCUUCUCGGGCAUCCAAUCCUCAUGUCGUUAUGGACUCUCCUAUUCCGACGGCACGUGUUUGAGAAGCGAUUUCGGGCCGUCGUCAAGGCCGAACGAGAGAGAAAGAUGCGGGUCGGGUCCUCGAUGGGAUUGACGGCCGGCUUCUCCGAGCUGUUGGCUCUGGCCCGGCUCAAGUCACUCAGCAAAUCCAAGUCCAAGGGCAAUGCGACCCAGCUUCCUGGUCUUGGGACACGCAUCCCAGCCAUCCAAGCGCCACCACCAGACCCUGUACCGAAACGAGAGCCCGAGCCCGAGCCGGACAUGGAGUCGGGGCUCGCGCCAAUACGAGAAGGGCAACUUGCUCGUACGCCUGGAGCGCGCAGCGUCACUUUUGCGGAACCACCCCGAGCAGACACCGAUACGGAAGCCGGCGAUGGAGGCCUCGAGUUCCAAAACUUCCUCGAACAGAAGAGGAAAAACGUUGGGCGCAACGGAGAGUUCUUUGACUUGACCCUCACGGAGCGCGAGUAUCUCGGUGGCGUGGAAUACCGAGCAGUCGAGGUGCUGGUGAUCACGGUCGCCUUGUACUACGUUCUAUGGCAGCUUCUCGGCGCUCUGGCGCUUGGGUCGUGGCUGGCAGUAAACGCUCCCGAGAUUUCGGCCGUGAACCAACAAAAUUCAUGGUGGUCUGGCAUUUUCAUGUCGGUUUCGGGAUUCAGCGGCUGCGGCUUGACCUUGCUGGAUGCCGGUAUGUCGGCAUUCCAAUCCGGUUACUAUUUUGUCCUCAUCGUCCUGUCGCUUGUCAUUCUCGCUGGCAGUCAGGCUUCCCCAAUUUUCCUGCGGUUCAUCACCUGGGUACUCUCCCGAGUGCUUCGUUUUUCCACCAACGACGAAAACCACGCUGUGUGGAAGGAGACGUUCGACUUCAUCCUGCGUUACCCUCGCCGUGUGUACAUCGGCAUGUUUCCGGCCCGCCCGACAUGGACCCUGACUGUUUGGCUGGGCGGUUUCGUGAUCGUGGAUUGGAUCAUGUUUUUCUUGCUGAAUCUCGGAAACGAGAAGAUUGAGAGCAUCCCUCCGAGCCCGCGCGUCAUGGACGGUUUUUUUCAGUCUGUUUCCAACCUGACUGCUGGCUUUGCCGUCGUGUCGGUCUCGACCGUGUAUUUCGGUCUGCAGGUACUAUGGCUGAUAAAAGUUUACGCAUCGGCCUACCCGACCUCGAUCACGGUCCGUGGUUCCAACGUUUACGAGGAACGGUCCUUGGGUAUUUACGCCGGAGACGACCCGGUAGAUAGCGAUGACGAAGAUGAUGAGAAGAAGGACAAGCGAGGUCCGAUGGGUGCCGGCGGUCUCUUUGUCACACCAGGGCCGUCCGCACGAACACCGUUACCAUCGAGUCCUAUGUCGGCGACCUCUAACAGCUCGCGUCUUUCGCGGCUGUCCCAGGUGUCCCGGGGUGGAAUUGACAGGAUUGUCGGCUUCGGUCGCGAAGGAGGAGCCAUCCUUGGUCGCCAGCUCCAGCGACGCAUGACCGGUUUCCAGGGUGUCGGUGUUGCGAGACAACCGCAAAGGAAACGAAUCAACAUGCCCCAGACAACGCAGUCUACACCGCACUCGUCGGUCACCAGCAGCACCGCGAGUGUGGAAUCUCUCGAAGAGCACCAACCCACCAGUCAAGACCUUGUCUCUCAGCAUGUCCGAAGCCAGCUCUCCCACGAUGUUUGGUGGAUUGCCUUGGCCUGGUUCCUCAUCACCAUCAUUGAGACAGGCCAUACGUUGGAGGACCCCGCUACCUUCAGCCUGUUCAACAUUCUCUUUGAGAUUGUCUCGGCGUAUGCCAACAAUGGCAUCUCGAUCGGUCUCCCACACGCAUCGUACAGUUUCAGUGGGGACUGGCGGGGCGGGAGCAAGUUUAUCUUGAUUCUUGUCAUGUUGCGUGGCCGUCAUCGCGACCUGCCUGUUGCCUUGGACCGAGCCGUUAAGUUGCCAAGCCCAGAAUUGGACGAGCAGGAAGACGACGACGCGGAGAUCCGCCGUAUGGUGAGCAAAACGCCACGAUUGGGAGUGUUGAGCCCGUCCAUGACCUCGCCGAGUCUAAUUCGGCGGUUUGAGCCGAUGUAA